AUGGGGAGCCCCGGAUUCAGCAAUCUCAAUAAUGCGCAGCAGCAACGGUUAGGCAUAACAGAACCCAUCUCAUUGGGUGGACCAACUGAUUAUGAUGUGUUAAAGACACGUGAACUUGAGAAGUACUUGGAAGAUGCUGGCUUGUAUGAGAAUCAGAAGGAAUCGGUUAGUAGGGAGGAAGUGCUUGGUAGGCUAGACCAGAUUGUGAAGAUUUGGGUCAAAAACAUUAGCCGUGCUAAGGGACUAAAUGAACAACUGGUGCAAGAAGCAAAUGCCAAGAUUUUCACUUUUGGCUCAUAUCGACUUGGGGAUUGUGUUGUCAUAUGGCAAGCUGCCACUGUACAUGGACCUGGAGCAGAUAUAGACACUCUUUGUGUGGGGCCGAGACAUGCAUCCAGAGAUGAAGAUUUCUUUGGUGAGCUGCAUAAGAUGCUAUCUGAGAUGCCAGAAGUGACAGAGUUGCACCCUGUGCCCGAUGCUCAUGUACCAGUGAUGCGGCUCAAGUUCAAUGGUGUUUCGAUUGAUCUUCUCUAUGCAAAAUUAUCUUUGUGGGUUAUUCCUGAAGACUUGGAUAUAUCACAGGAGUCAAUAUUACAAAAUGCAGAUGAGCAAACUGUUCGUAGUCUUAAUGGUUGUAGAGUGACUGAUCAAGUCCUGCGUCUGGUUCCAAAUAUUCAGAAUUUUCGUACAGCAUUGAGGUGCAUGAAGUUUUGGGCAAAGCGUCGGGGUGUUUACUCGAAUGUUACAGGUUUUCUUGGUGGUAUAAACUGGGCAUUGCUUGCUGCUCGAAUAUGCCAGCUAUUUCCUAAUGCACUCCCUAAUAUGUUAGUGUCUCGAUUCUUCAGGGUAUAUUCUCAAUGGCAUUGGCCGAAUCCAGUAAUGCUUUGUGCUAUUGACAAGGGAUCACUUGGACUUCAAGUGUGGGAUCCUAGAAGAUAUCCCAAGGAUAGAUUCCAUCUAAUGCCAAUAAUUACUCCUGCUUAUCCUUGCAUGAAUUCUAGCUACAAUGUGUCCUCAAGUACAUUGCGUAUUAUGAUGGAGGAAUUUCAGAGGGGAAAUGAAAUAUGUGAGGUUAUGGAGGCUAACAAGGCUGAUUGGGGCACUCUUUUUGAGCCUUACCCCUUUUUUGAAGCUUAUAAGAAUUAUUUGCAGAUAGACAUAUCAGCAGAGAAUGCUGACGAUCUUAGAAAAUGGAAAGGCUGGGUUGAGUCUCGUCUGCGCCAGUUGACAUUGAAAAUUGAGAGGCACACUUAUGGUAGGCUUCAGUGUCAUCCACAUCCUGGUGACUUUCCAGACAAAUCCAGACCUUUCCACUGUUCCUACUUCAUGGGACUGCAACGUAACCUAGGGGUUCCUGUCAGUGGUGGUGAGCAGUUUGAUAUAAGACUAACUGUUGAAGAAUUUAAGCAUUCUGUCAACGUGUACACUCUGUGGAAACCUCGAAUGGAUAUCCAUGUCUCCCAUGUGAUACGUCGUAAUAUACCCACCUUCGUAUUUCCUGGAGGUGUUCGACCUUCUCACCCAUCUAAAGUAACUUGGGAGAGUAAGCGAAGUUCAGAAUUAAGUGUUUCUGGCCAUGGUCAAGCAGAACAGUCUCAAGAAGGCAAAGUGGUUGUAUUAGGAGCAAACGAUGAUAGGAAGAGAAAACUAGCAGAAGAUAGUGUGGAUAGCCUGAGAAAUUCCAAGUCCCAUGCAUCUUUGCCUCCCUGCAGCAGGGAAGUUCUUGAAGAUGGAAAUCUUAUUAGCGUUGCUAGUUCUGUGAAAUGUAAUGACUCAGAAAUCAAUAGUACGAGUGAACAACAGAGUGAGAAACUUGAUUUGAAAUCUUCAUGGGAGUGUCCUGAGGACAGGGAAACCAAUGCAUCAGUGAGAAGUAACUUACAAGUUUAUGCAACACUUACUGCCAAGGAUACAUCUAGUUCUGAAGAAGCUGAAAAGCUAGCCAUUGAGAAGAUUAUCUGUGGUCCAUAUGAUUCACACCAAGUCUUUUCAGAGGAACCUGAAGAACUUGAAGAUGAUCUUGAGUACAGAAAUCAAGUCAAAGAUUUCGGUGGCAACAUGAUAAACAGCAACUUGGACUUUUCAAACCCAGAGGCUGCAGAACCAAUUAUUCCUAAGAGGGAAACUGCUUCUGCAACUUGUUUAUACUCAAAUGGGGGAUCAGAAGAGCUCGAGCCGGUGGAGCUGACAGCACCACCAUUAUUAAGUGGGAAUCCUGCACCUGUGGCACAGCGGAAACCCCUUAUCAGGUUGAAGUUCACCUCCUUAGGAAAAGCUGCUGACUGA